AGACCCCCUUCUUAGUUACUUUUCUAUUUGGAAAAGCGAAAAGCUUGGGCCAAUACAUCGAUCAAAACCUUUCCGCAUAAUUAACCCUAAGUACUGCGAGGACGAGUACAUCGCUUACAUUCAAUUAUACUGAGCGAAAUUGAUUGAAACACCAAAAUCGCAUCGCCAUCAUGUUCGGGCCAUCCUCGUCCAAGUCGCACCUGUUGACCACAGGGUCAGAGACCGGACAAGGCCCGUCCUUCAUUGACGAAGGAGCGGACGCGUCAGCCAGUCUCUCGACGUCCUUGAACCCCCACGCCUUCGUGCUGCAGCACUUUGCGCAGGCGACCGGGAGAGCAGAUCAAGAUCAUGUUCUUGUUGACCCUACCAAUACAACAGGAGGUGUUCAUCAAGGAACCUCGACUUCUGCCACGGCAACAACUACUUCUCUGCCCUCCCUCGCCUCGCGCAAUCUGCUGCGUCGACAAGUCUAUGCGGCGCUGGACGACUGCACGGCCCAGCAGCAGCGGGACAUAUACGAGGCAAACCGAGCGGAAGAUGUUGCAGCUUUAUCCUCUACUAACGAUGAUCCUGCUCCGCAGCCGAAAGACGAGGCCGAGAGAAGCCAGAUGCAGGCACAGUGGUUCCAGAAACAGUUGCAAUGCGAGUCGUAUGCGGGCGGUAAUAAAGGUAGAAUGUCCACGUCCACGACGAGCUAUGACCUGGAGAGAAGAACGUGGCUUCAAACACUUGUUUUCAUGUUCCUACGAUUCUAUGACUUUAUCCGGUUCUUCUUUGUCUUCUUUCCCGCGCUGGCCGUCGGGAUGGUGCCGGCGGCUCUGGUGGGAAUUUCUUGCCGCGUUUUGGUCAACCCUGUUUUGCGUCACGUGUUUAAAAUUUCCGAGCACGACAUGCCGAACGUGAAAUUUCUCGCACCGCUGCUGGGCGAGGCGCUGGCUUCCGCGAUCGGCUGCGAGGCCGUUGUGGAGGGUUUAGAGCACCUGGCAGAGGUCAGAGGGCCGGUAUCGGGUGGACAGAACAAACCACCGUCCUUCAUCGGAGCAACGUUGCAGUCCUCGCCUGGGCCAGAAACAGAAUACAGUCACGUACUCGACACUACUUGCUCUCUACUUUGUUUCUGUAUCGGUCGUCCGGACACGACAUUUUGCUAGUACUCGGAACGAGUACUAGCAGAACCAGAAUGUGUAUGUGAUUGAAGAUUUCUUUUUCUUUCACAACGGUUUAUGUUGGAAAAAAAAAAAUCUCAAGGAAAUUCUACCGACGGCCUGAGGAGAUUCUCCCUCAAGGAGAUUCCCCCCCAUAAAAUUCGAAUUGUGAGCUGGCGUUGAGCUUCAUGCUCAUAGCAAGCAUAGAAAGAUAUAGUGGACAAGACGAGCGCUGGCGCUCGUGCAAGAUGAAGGGACGAGCGUGGGCCAGAGUACGUGCGCGCCGACCGUUGCCACCAAGAGCCCCCGGCCCGCCUGUGCACCGGGGGCGGAAUACUUGUUGGCCCUGCCCUUCGCCCGCCUGCCCCGCCCGCGUGGCGACAGCCUUGCUGCAGCAUCAGCGCCAGCCUUGCUGCAGCGCUCCGUCCUUACAUACAAAACGCGCGCAGCAGCUUUCCUCCUGAUUGGCUCCCGGCGGCGCGGUGGCAGCAUUUCUUUUUUUCGGUGUUUUUCGUCUUUGAAACUGGACAGAGCAGGACAGCUUCUGCUUUUGCGCGCGCACUCUCUCGCCAGUGGUUAGCAAUAAAAAUGCAAAAAAAAUUUCGCGUUGCGCGCGUGCCCCUACCUGUGGGCCCCUUUGUAGCCGGUGCGGUUGUGUGGCUUGCACGGCCGACAGCAAGAGCCGGCUAGCUUUUUAUGCUCGCACGCAUUCCCGGGCCUUGCAGAGCAACGACCUUGCUCCGCACACGAGCAGCGCGCGCUGCGUCCUCCCUUUCUUUGCGCCGACGGCGCUGCGCUUCAAAUUUCUGCACCGUCGCAGCGGCUUUUUUUAUUUCGGGCGCGUGCCGCGCCCGCUCUGCCCGUCGUUGCUUCGCGCCGACGGCCUCGCGCCUUCGUUCGCGGACCUUCAAAAUUGCCUCCGCGCGCGCGCAGCACGUGCUCCGCUCCUCGUUGUUUCGCGCUGACGGCUUUGCGCUUUUUUUUCACGAGCGCACGGCAAAAAUUUUUGUCGCGCGCGUGCCACACGCGUUCCACCCUUCGUUCCGCCGCAUCGAUGCCCUUGCGCUUUCUUUCAUGGGCGGCCGGCCGACAAAAAAAAAUUUCUUACGCGCGCGCUGCGCGCGCUCCACCUUUCGUUGCUUCGCGCCAGCGCCCUUGUAGUUUGUUGCCUGCGCGGGUGCCAGACAAAAAUUUUUUGCGCGCGCGCCCAACCUUUCUCUGCUUCGCGCCCGCCAGCUCCCCUGCAGCUUCUUGCACGGGGGCCCGAAAAAUUUUUUUUUCGCGCGCGCGGUGCGCGCGCCCCAUCCUUUGUUGCUUCGCGCCAGCGCCCUUGCAGUUUCUUACACGGGUGGCCGACAAAAAUUUUUCUCGCGCGCGCCAGCGAACUUGCACUUUCUUGCACGGGUGGCCGACAGAAAAACUUUUCGGGCGGGCGCAGCGCGCGCUGCAUCCUUCGCUGUGUCGCGCUACCGCCCGCGCAGUUUCUGUCUCGCACGGAUAACCGACGAAAAAUUUUCUCGCGCGCGCUGCGCGCGCGUCAUCCUUCACUGUUUCGCGCCAACGGCCUGGCGGUUCGUUUCUAUCUUGCGCGGGCGACCAAAAAAAUUUUUCUUUCCCGCGCGCGCUGCGCGCGCCCCUCCCUUCGCUGCUUCGCGCCAACGCCCUGGUGGGUUCGUAUCUUGGACGGGCGACCAAAAAAAUUUUCUUCCUCGCGCGCGCUGCGCGCGCGCCAUCCUUUAUUGCCUCGGCUCGCGCCAACGCGCUGGACGAGGCUUCUACUAUGCACGGGGGGCCGGCGAAUGCGAAAAUUUCUUCUCGUGCGCGCGCUGCGCGCGCUGCAACCUGCACUGCCUCGCGCCAACGCCCUGGCGGCUUCUACUUUGCACGGCCCGGUGGCCGGCGAAAAUUUUCUCUCGCGCGCGCGCUGCGCGCGCUCCAACCUGCAUUGUCUCGCGCCAACGUCCUCGCCGUUUCAUUCUUGCGCGGGUGGCUGACAAAAAGUUUGCUCGCGCGCGCGGCGCGCACUGCUCCAUCCUUCGCACCUUCGCGCCGGCGCCUCGGCAGUUUCUAUCUCGCACGGGCGACCGACAAUUUUUUUUUUGGGGCGCGCCUGCACUUGCGCUAUCCGCGGCUUCGCUGCUUCGGCCUCGCGCCUUUCUAAUUUCUUGCACGGGUGGCCGACACAAUUUUUUUUUCGCGCGCGUGCCGCGAUCGUGCUCUUCUUCUUCGUUGCCCUACGCCGAAGGCCAUACGUGUCUGUUCGCUCGCGGCUGGCCGGCGAAAAUCUCUUUCAUUCACGGGCGCGCGAUUUGGUUUCUUUGGUGUGGGCAUUGAUUUGGCGUGGUGUACUCGGGCUACCCCGGGUCGUGGGUCCACGGGCUUGAUGUUGCCGAGUCACUAUUUCGGUGGGGCGCCGGCCGCCGCAAGUUGCAGGGCCUGUUGUUCCGGUCGUUAGGAAGGGCCCGCCUUGGCGGGCGGGUGCCCUUGAAAUCGCGCCAGAUGAACAGCCCGGGGCUCGUUGCCCUUGCAAUCUCGCUGAAGUUGCUGAGGGGUGGCCUCCUUUUCAAAUUGCACCCACGCAAGCAUGCAGCGCCUGAGCGGCUGCCGGGCGCCUGGCCCUUGGCUUGGGGUUGAGCUCUUGUUGCGCGACUUGCCUCGCGCGCUUUGUGUUUCGUUUGAGGUCGAUUCUAGGUGGUCGUGGGGGUGGUUUGCCUUUGAGGUCGCUCCAGAGCGGGUGCGGGGUGAUCUGCCUCUGAUGCGCUCUGGUGCGAACGGCUGAGAGGCGACUUGCCGUUAAAGCGGUCGAGGGACGACUUGCUUUUUGUUGCGGCUUCGCAGCGGCCACAUCGGGCAGAAUGGGCGUGAAAUUGCGGCCGUUCUUCGGGCUUUAUAGGGCAGUGCACGUGUGAGAUUGCAUGGGGCAAAGCGCCCUCUAGCGCGGCGCCAUAGUCGGCAGGGCGCCCGGGAAAGGCUUCGUAGGGCCUUGCGCCCUUGAGCUUGCGUCUGCGUCGGGCCGCAUAGGGCAGUGCGCCCGCCCUUGAAGAUGCGGCUUGGGCCGCAGAGGGCGCCUCGCCCCUGGAAUUGCACUGCGCCCGGGCGCCCAACCCCAAGGGCGAUAAGUCCCGCUUUUGUGGUUUUCUGGCGGGCUAUGAGAAUCUCCUUGGGAGAAGGGGAGCGAGAGAGCGGGGGGAGGUGAAGGAAAAAGAAGCACAUGAAGGAAAAAGAAGCACAUGAAGGAAAAAGAAGCACAUGAAGGAAAAAGAAGCACAUGAAGGAAAAAAAAAAAAGAAAGAAGGAAAAAGAAAAGAAAAAGGAAGAGGAGGGGGAGGAGGGGAGGAGAUUCUCCUGGGGGUCCAGGAGAAUCUCCUUGGGCCAAGGAGAUUCUCCGAGAUUUUCCUUGAAGUCGCCCAUGUGAAUUUCACUAUGGGUCGUGUACCUGUACGCGCAUGUGGAUUGGUCUUGCACAUACUUACUUAUACGUGCCCAGGCUCCUGUCACGUUGACUUUGCUGGUGAAGAUAGCAAGCAAUUUUCCCCGGAACAAUGGAAUUCGCCGUCUACCACUACCACGACCGCCAAGCAGUACAUCGCCAUGUUCUCGCACGCCUCUGGAGUGGACCCCUUCGUCGUGAUGCAAGUGCUGGCGCCACACUGCGUGUUUCUGUGGACCUUCAAGGCGGAGCUGAUGUUCCUCCCUGGCCCGUUUUUCAUGGCGUACGGCGUCAGCUGCGAGGCCGGCGUGAUGAAUCGGGGCAAUCGUGCGCAGGCGAUCAAGACCUGCAGCCGGCUUGCGGCCUCCCCCCUGCCGCCGAUGUGCGCCCCGGAGGGUACUCGGACCAAAUCCGGUUUGAUUCUGCCGGAACUGAAGAAGGGCAUGUUUCACGUGCGCACCGAGCGGCAGGCCGACAUCCUGCCCAUUUACCUGAAUGGCAACUUUGAGGUGUGGCCGCCCACGUCAAUAGUCCCCACAUUCGGCCGCGUUGUGGUUCAGGUUUUGCCAGUGCUCUCCGUUUCGGCCGAGGAAGAUCUGGACACGACGCGGACCAAAGUGCGCAAAGUGUUUCUCCGCGCGGCGGCGCGGCGGGCCGAGCUAGCGACGAAUUCCAUGUCUCUGCGAUUUUUGCUGAGGCACUUCUUCGUCUGGUUGCCUUUCUGGCUGGUGUCCUUUUUUGUCACGUGGAAAAUGUUGGAACAGAUGUUUGAACAGGGUUACUGGUGCUUCAUACACUAUCUCUGAUGAACAAUCUCAGUAGAACGGAGCGAGACUGCUUAAAACUUGAAUCACGUCGUGCUGGUGCAGGCACAAAAUCAAAAACAACACGAAGGAUAGGACGACUUUUGUUUUGUUUUUAGCGCUAAGGCUAGGCAUGGCAUCACUGCGCCGACCUCCAGACCGUUUUUGUUCGCUCUAGGAGAGUGUUGUGUGCAAGAACUACAAUUCCA